UGUGGCGCCGUCACUGCGCUGUUGGAGAAGAAGAAGAAUUUGAUAGUAGUGGGCGCGUUUGCUAUCUGCCCCGGUGAACGCUGCAGAAAGGCGAGUGCCAGCAGCUGCUGGAGCCAUGAGCGAGUUCAGGAUCCACCACGACGUGAACGAACUGCUCAGCCUCCUUCAUGUGCGAGGCGGCGACGGAGCAGAGGGCUACAUAGACCUGCUCCAGAAACACAGGACCCCCUAUGUCACCACCACAGUGUCCGCGCACAGUGCCAAGGUCAAGUUAGCAGAGUUUUCUAAAACCCCGGAGGAUUUCUUGAGGAAAUAUGAGGAGCUUAAGUCCAAAAAUGUUCGGAACCUCGACCCUUUGGUGUAUCUGCUCUCCAAACUCUGUGAGGACAAAGAGACCCUCCAGUUUCUGCAGCAGAAUGCUAAAGAGAGGUCGGAGUCUUCAGCAAACACCACCUCAACCACAACAACCAGUUACUCUCUGCCUCAAACCAGCACCAAAAUGUCCAUGCAGGAGCUGGACGAGCUGCGUAAGAAGCUUGGCAAUGUAACAGCGAGCUCCAACGCUCCUCUGCCGGCUGAAGUCACACGGAAGAUGCUGAGGGACAAACACAACAAGAAGAACCCCACCCAGCCCAACCCCGUCUUCCCCAAUUGGGUGUAUGAUCGUCCAGCUCUCAUCGGAGACUUCAUCACCAGCCCCACCCCUCAAGGAGAACCAGCUGUUCCUGUUGGUACGCUGCCUCUGGGGACGCAGGAACAAGCUCUGGUGGAGGAUCUGCUGUUUGUGCUGAUUGGAGUCGACGGGCGAGACAUCACCGCUCAGCCGGUGCUGGGGCGGCAGAACCGCUCCUUCAUCGUUGAUCCAACACUGGACAUGUCUGUCAAAGAGCUGGUCAACAGAAUAUUACCGGUCGCUUCGUACUACUCAACUAUAACACGGUUCAUUGAGGAGAAGUCAUCCUUCGAGUACGGCCAGGUGAACCACGCCCUGACAGCGGCAAUGAGGACGCUGAUGAAGGAAUAUCUCAUCCUGGUCACUCAGCUGGAGCAUCUCCAGCGGCAGGGCCUGCUGUCCCUGCAGAAGCUCUGGUUCUACAUCCAGCCCACCAUGCGCACCAUGGAGAUACUGUCAUCAAUCGCGUCCUCCGUGGACAAAGGAGAGUGUAUGGGAGGGUCCACGUUGAGCCUUCUCCAUGACAGAACCUUCAAUUACACCGGUGACAGCCAGGCUCAGGAGCUGUGUCUGUACCUCACCAAAGCAGCCAGCGUCCCGUACUUUGAGAUCCUGGAGAAGUGGAUCUACAGGGGCAUCAUCAAGGAUCCGUACAGUGAGUUCAUGGUGGAGGAGCACGAGCUGCAAAAGGAGAAGAUUCAGGAAGACUACAAUGACAAGUACUGGGAUCAGAGAUACACCAUUGUGCAGCAUCGGAUUCCCUCCUUUCUACAGAAGAUGGCAGACAAAAUACUAAGCACAGGGAAAUAUCUCAAUGUGGUGCGGGAGUGCGGGCGGGACGUGACGUGUCCUGAUGCUAAGGAGGUGCUAUACACCCUGAAGGAGAGGGCCUACGUGGAGCAGAUAGAGAAAGCCUACAAUUACGCCAGCAAAGUGCUUCUGGACUUCCUCAUGGAAGAGAAGGAGCUGGUCUCACGUCUGAGAUCAAUCAAGCACUACUUCCUGAUGGACAAAGGAGAUUUCUUUGUGCACUUCAUGGACCUGACGGAGGAGGAGAUGAAGAAGCCGGUGGACGACAUCGUUCCUCCCAGACUGGAGGCUCUCCUGGAGCUGGCUCUGAGGAUGAGCACGGCCAACACGGACCCUUUCAAGGAUGACCUGAAGAUCGACUUAAUGCCUCACGAUGUCAUCACUCAGCUGCUGCGAGUGCUGGCCAUCGAGACCAAACAAGAGAAGGCCAUCAUCAACGCUGAUCCGCCAGACGUGGCCCUCAGCGGGCUCGAGGCCUUCUCCUUCGACUACAUUGUCAAAUGGCCGCUCUCGCUCAUCAUCAACAGGAAAGCACUGACGAGGUACCAGAUGUUGUUCAGACACAUGUUUUACUGCAAACAUGUUGAGCGGCUGCUGUGCAACGUUUGGAUCAGCAACAAAGACUUCAGGCAGUACUCCUUACACUCUGCCAAAUGGUUCGCUACCGCGUUCGCCCUCCGACAGCGAAUGCUCAACUUUGUGCAGAACAUUCAGUACUACAUGAUGUUUGAGGUGAUGGAGCCCACCUGGCACGUCAUGGAGAACAACCUGAAAAUGGCUUCAAACAUCGAUGAUGUGCUUUGUCAUCACACCAGCUUCCUGGACAACUGCCUAAAGGACUGCAUGCUGACCAACCCCGAGCUGCUCAGGAUCUUCUCCAAGCUCAUGUCUGUCUGCGUCAUGUUCACAAACUGCAUGCAGCGUUUCACACAGAGCAUGAGGCUGGAGCGCCUCUCCAUGGAGCAGGGGACGAUGGAUGAGCCCUCCGCUCAGAGCGAGCAGGCCGACGAGCCAGAGAAAAAGAGGCUGACCACGAAGUUUUUAGCUGAUCACGCAGACUCCCUCCAGACCGACGCCAGCUUCGAAGCCACCAUCAGCAAGUUUGACAGCAACUUCAGCAUGCUGCUGCUGGACCUGCUGGACAAGCUGAGCAUCUACAGCACCAACGACUGCGAGCACAGCAUGAUCAGCAUCAUUUACAGGCUGGACUUUAACGGCUUCUACACUGAGCGGCUGGAGAGGAUGGCCAUCGAGCGCAGUCAGAAGGCAGCAGCGUAGCCUGUCGUCGCUUCGUGUGAAUAUGCAAAAAUAAAAGUUUCAUCAUACCUGCUCAUCAGUCCAACCGCCCAGACAGUCACGAUUCAAAGAGCUAAGACGUGUAUGUUUGUUCAUAUAUAUACAUGACAUUUCUGUAUGACCUGUAGAGUCAUUCAUGUCUGCAGUGUCAUUUUAGUGCUUCAGCUCUGAAAAUGUGAGUCGUCACUAUUUAUGGGUAACUUAUUGUACCUGUAAAUUUAUGAAAAUGUAUGUUUGUAUUGAACUUAAUUAAAACAAAAAUGUACUGAAUAA